AAACGGCUCCACUGGAGAGCUGGGAGGAGUGAGGGGCGAGGCAGGAACACGAAGCACACAGCCUUCUCCUGUGGUCAGGGGACUCCUGCUGCUGGCCUUCUCAGAAUGGGCCGCCCAGGGAGGGAGACCCUGUCUUUCUUCUUUAUGUUCGUGCCCAUGUGUCUGCAUGAGGCUUUGUCACGGGAAGCCGGCCCUGCAGGGCAGCACACCGUUGUGGAGAGGCUCCGUCAACUGGAAGAGCGGUUUCGGAGGUUCCAAGAGGUGACCUUAACACACCUGCAGAGCAUUGCCAGCAACUACAACCUGUCGUACAACAUCGACGCCCGGUUCUGGAGCCUGGCCCAGGAGAGCCGGGCCAUAGCUCUGGCCGUCAACCAGUCGCAGGCUGCCGUGCAGGGUGAUCUGGGCCACCUCAAGACCUGGAUGCAGAAGACAUGGCGCAGAAGCCGGAAGGUGGACUCCAGGCUGCGGGCCUUGAGUGCCGCCCUGAGCCAGAGGAGCAAGCAGUGCACCCGGGAGAGGAAGAAGCAGGAGGCACAAAGGGCUGCCCUCUCGGGCCUGGCCCUGGACGUGCGGGCCCUACAGGACAUGCUGGCUCGCCUGACGCCCCUCGUCCAGAGCCAGGGCGCCAGGCUGGCUGCUCUCAAGGGGCAGCUGCAGGUGGCCGGUCCUGGCACCACUGCCCCGGGGCUGACCCCGGCCCAGCCUGGGCCACCAAGCCCAAGCUCCCCAAAGCCACAAGGGGAUAGGCAGGCUCUCAGAACUUUGCCUGAGCCCGGGGGCCGGCCUCAGGACUUUGCUGGCCAUCUCCCAGGGACACGGGAGCCCCCAGACCCAGGCAGCCAGCGGGCGUGGCCCCCAGAGAGACUGGGAGAAAUUUGCAACAUGAGCCCAGUGCUCAUCUUCCCCAACGCCUCCACCGAGAACGUGGUCUUCCUCAGCCCCAGCUUCCUCUCGGGCCUGCAGGCUCUGUCUGUCUGCAGCUGGGUCCGCAUGGCCUCGGGCCACCUGGGCACCCUCCUCUCUUACGCCACCGAAGAAAAUGACAACAAGCUGGUGCUGCACGGCCGGGACUCCCUGGUCCCCGGCUCCAUCCACUUCGUGAUUGGAGCCCCAGCCUUUAGGGAGCUGUCCCUGCAGCCACUGCUGGACGGCCAGUGGCACCACGUGUGUAUCAUCUGGACAUCCAUCCUGGGCAGGUACUGGCUCCACAGGGACCGCAGGCUGGUGGCCACCGGCUCCCACUUCAGGGAGGGCUACGAGAUCCCUCCAGGAGGGUCCCUUGUGCUGGGCCAGGAGCAAGACAGCGUCGGGAGUGGGUUUGACAGCUCUGAGGCCUUUGUGGGGAGCAUGGCAGGCCUGGCCAUCUGGGACCGGGCGCUGGUCCCUGGGAAAGUCUCAAAUCUUGCCACUGGGAAGGAGCUCCCAACGGGCGCCAUCCUGACGCUGGCCAACGCCACAUCAGUAGGCAGAUUCGUGCAGAGGGUGAACUGCACCUGCCCCGAGCUCUGUCCAUGAGGCCUUGCCAUGCAGGAGCUGUGGUCAUGCUCUGGGGUGCCAAGAGGAGCAAGUUUUUGGCCAUGCUUGGCCACCUCCGACCCCAACACACGCCAUAGAGGGCCCCCCACCUAGACCGGGGAGCGAAGGACAGGCUGCUGCCUCCGACCCCCAGCCAGAGGAGUCCUCUAACAUAGGAUGUGGGCAUCCUGGGGGUGGGACAAGGAAACAUGGAGGGGAGAGAGAAGACCGGCAGGCAGAGCCAGAGUUGGGGGCCCCAGGACUGCAUUCUUUCCCUCUCUGUGGCAUUCUUACAGUCCCCACUCUUUGUAGUAUGACAUCAUUUCAACAUGGCCCGACCUGGCCCUGGAAUCCACGGGGCCUCUCCUCUGGGCAUGAGUUUGCUUUGAUUACGGGCUACUUCCUGGAGAACUCCCGUUUUCCUUGAAACUGUGUAGGCAGCAUUUGAACUGCCAUCGCCCUCUCUCAAUGUGGCUUAUGAAAGUUUCCCUUUGGGUGAUUCUUGUUCCAACAUCUCUCAUGAAAAGGGCCAUAGAAUCCAUUUCCUGGCUCCCAAAGCUACAGCCCCCCUUCACUAGGAGCCCUGGGGCUUCCUCAAGGUCCUGUGGGGGCUGGUGAGGCCGCCAGAGCCGCCAGGAAGUGGGAACCCACAAAGGGAGCAAGCUGUUCAGAAGUAAACAUUAA